GUGAGGGGAGGCAGGGAACCGUGAGGGGAGGGAAGGAAGGGCAGGAACCGUGAGGGGAGCGAGCCCCGGGCCCCGAGCGCCAUCCCUGUCGCGACAUAAAAACAAAAAAAAGUAUCGCGAUCGCCACACGGCCCCAGCCGGGAGCAUGGUCUGGACAUGCCGGCUCCUUCUUAACCAGGAAUAUCCUCUAAAGAUUCAUUUUUAACAAGGUUUAGCCCAUAAAAACUAGUUUUUAAUGAGGGAUAUCGCCUAAAAACUACUUCUUAACCAGGAAUAUCCCCAAAAAAGGUCAUUUUUAACAAGGGACAUCCCAUAAAAACUCCUUAACCAGGAAUAUCCCCUAAAAAUUCUUUUUUAGCAAGGGUUAUCCCAUAAAAACUCCUUUUAAACAAGGAAUAUCCCCUAAAAACUCCUUCUUAACCAGGAAUAUCCCCUAAAAUUAAUUUUUAGCAAGGGAUAUCACACAAAACCUCAUUUUUAACAAGGAAUAUCCCCCUAAAAACUCCUUUUUACUGAGAAAAAUCCCAUAAACAUUCUUUUUAAAUGAGGAAUAUUCCCUGAAAACUCCUUUUUAACGAGGACUAUCCCCUAAAACCUCAUUUUUUUUCUGAGGAAUAUCCCACAAAACCUUCUUUUUAACGAGAAAUAUCCCCUAAAAACUCCUUUUUAACGAGGAAUAUCCCAUUAAAAACUCCUUUUAAAUGAGGAAUAUUCCAAAAAAACUCAUUUUUACUGAGGAGUAUUUCCUAAAAAUCUCCUUUUUAACGAGGAAUAGACCAAAGAAAUCUUCUUUUUAAUGAGAACUAUUCCAUAAAAAUUCCUUUUUACUGAGGAAAAUCCCAUUAAAAAUUCCUUCUAAAUGAGGAAUAUUCCAUAAAAACUCUUUUUAGUGAGGAAAAUCCCCUAAAAACUCCUUUUAAAUUAGGAAUAUCCAAAAAAAAAAAAAAUCUCAUUUUUAACGAGGGUGGAGCAAUUAAGGGGAGGUGACAAAGCCAUGCCCGGGCAGGUGACAUCAGCAGAGCUCUGCACAAACAGCAAUUAACAAUUUAAUCAACAUUUUGAUUAACAAUUAGCCCCGUGUCAUCAGGGCUGCGUGGCAGGUGAAGCACCAGAGGUGUAGAAAAGUUAUUUUUUUAUUUAUGUAGUUGAUGUUUGUGGGAGUUAAAUGGGAUUUUUAAUGUAGAAAAUGAAUUUUUUAAUGUAGAAAAUAUUUUUUUCAAAUAAAGUUUUUUUUAAAAAUGAAUUUUUAAAAUAAAAAUUUAAGAAUAAAUUUUAAAAAUAAUUUUAAAAUAUAAUUUUUAAAGCUUUAUUUGCAAUUCCUUGCGGGGGAGCCCUCCAGGGUUGAUUGGAUUGAUCCCAAAAGAAACCCUGCACAGGGCUGGGAGCUGCCACAGGCAUUGUGCAAUCCCCGGGUUUAAUUAGGACUUGUUAAUGAGCGCGUGGCUCCUCCAUCCCCUCCUUCCCUGCUGCCACGGCAGCUCCUCUUCCUCCUGCUCUGCUCCAGUGGAAUUCCUGCCCUGGGAAUCCAUUUUGGGGCAGUUCCAGGAGCUGGGAGUGAUUUCCAUCUCUUUUUCCAGGAGUUUUUUGGGAUUCCUCAUCGGCUCCAGUGGAAUUCCUGCCCUGGGAAUCCAUUUUGGGGCAGUUCCAGGAGCUGGGAGUGAUUUCCAGCUCUUUUUCCAGGAGUUUUUUGGGAUUUUUGGCAGCUGGGAGCUGCCACCUGCUCCAGUUCCAGCUGGAAUUCCUGGAUUGGGAAUUGCUGCCAAGCCUUGGGAAUCCAUUUUGGGAUUGAGCCAGGACUUCGGAGUGAUUUCCAUCUCUUUUUCCAGGAGUUUUUUGGGGAUUCCUCACCUGCUCCAGCUCCCAGCUGGAAUUCUUGGAUUUGGAAUCCAUUUUGGGGCUGCUCCAGGAGCUGUGAGGGAUUUCCAUCUCUUUUUCCAGGAAUUUUUUGGGAUUCCUCAUCUGCUCCAGCUGGAAUUCCUGCCCUGGGAAUCCAUUUUGGGGCCAUUUCAGGAGCUGAGAGGAAUUCCCACCUCUUUUUCAGGGUUUAUUUUUUGGGGAUUCCUCACCUGCUCCAGCUCCCAGCUGGAAUUCUUGGAUUGGGAAUCCAUUUUGGGGCUGCUCCAGGAGCUGUGAGGGAUUUCCAUCUCUUUUUCCAGGAAUUUUUUGGGAUUCCUCACCUGCUCCAGUUGGAAUUCCUGCCCUGGGAAUCCAUUUUGGGGCAGUUCCAGGAGCCGGGAGGCACUGCCACCUCUUUUUCAGGUUAUUUUUUGGGGAUUCCUCACCUGCUCCAGCUCUCAGCUGGAAUUCUUGGAUUGGGAAUCGAUUUUGGGGCCGUUUCAGGAGCUGAGAGGGAUUCCCAUAUCUUUUUUUUUGUUGGUUUUUUUUUGUUGUGGUUUUUUUUGUUGUUGUUGUUGUUGGUUUUUGGUGGUUUUUUUUUCUUUUUUUUUUUCUUUUUUUUUUCUUUUUUCAGGAGGGAGCGAUGCUGUUGGCAGCUCCAGGAUGGCUGCAGCUCUGGUGUCCUCCCAGCAGGGAGCUUCUGGAGCUCUCCAACCCUCGGGAUUCCCCCAGAUCCUGCUGGGUCUGACUGGAAACCAGAGCUGGAGCAGGAGCAAAACCCAUCCCGGCCCAUCUGGGAUUCCAGGGGGUGACAAAUCCGUGAGGAACAGAACCAGAAGAGGAAGAGAACCCCAAAAAAACCCCAGGAAUUGUUCUUCCAGAGCGAUGCCAGGAGCAGCUGCAGGUUCCUUCCUCACACAGAAAGCCACUUAGAUGAUGGAACCAGAGCUGCCAGGAGGAGAAGAAGUGGCUGAGGAAGGGCUGAUCGAGUUCUACAGCUCCUACAAGGAGAUGUUUGAGUUCUUCUGCAAGAACACCACGAUCCACGGCACCAUCCGCCUGGUGUGCUCGGGCAGGAACCGCAUGAAGACGGCGUUCUGGACGCUGCUGCUGCUGGCCAGCCUGGCCAUGCUCUACUGGCAGUUCGCCCUCAUGUUCAGCCAGUUCUGGGCCUACCCCGUGGUGCUCACCAUGUCCAUGGACUCCGAGCCCAAAAUGUUCCCGGCCGUCACCAUCUGCAACCUGGAUCCCUACAGGUUUGAGCUGGUCAGCGAGCAGCUGGAGCAGCUGGAGCUGAUGGCCGAGGAGUCGCUGACCUUCCUGUACGGCCCCAGGGCCGCGGCCCGGCUGGCCCUGCUGAGGGCUGGGGACAGGGCCAGGAGCAGGGCCAGGAGCAGGGCCGGGGCCAGGAACAGGGCCAGGGCCAUCCACGUCCAGGCCUGGGCCAACCUCAGCAGCGCCGCCUUCCGCCUCAGCCACAACUUCUCCCUGGUCCGGAUGUGGGACCCCAGCGCGGGCAGGAAACAGGCCAGGGUGGGAUUCCGGCUGUGCAACUCCACGGGCGGCAACUGCUUCUACAACUGGCACCCGUCGGGCAUGGACGCGCUGCUCGAGUGGUUCCGCUUCCACUACAUGAACGUGAUGGCCCAGCUGCCCCCCGCGCCGCCCCCGCACCCGCAGCACUUCCAGCACCUCGUCUACUCCUGCCAGUACGACGGGGAGCCCUGCCGGCCCAGUGAUUACGAUCACUUCCACCACCCAGUUUUUGGGAGCUGCUACACUUUCAACAGCAAGGGGACAGAUCCCUUCUGGGCAGCCACAAAACCAGGAAUUCCUUAUGGGCUGUCCCUGAUCCUGCGGGCCGAGCAGAAGGAGCACAUCCCGCUGCUGUCCACCGUGGCCGGGGUGAAGGUGAUGAUCCACAGCCACAACCAGACGCCGUUCCUGGAGCACGAGGGCUUCCACAUCCGCCCGGGCAUCGCCACCACCAUCGGCAUCCGCCAGGACCAGGUGAAUCGCCUGGGUGGCAACUACGGCAGGUGCACCACGGACGGGGCGGACGUGGCCGUGGAGCUGCUCUACAACAACUCCUACACCCUGCAGGCCUGCCUGCACUCGUGUUUCCAGCGGGCCAUGCUGCAGCGCUGUGGCUGCGGCUACUUCUACUACCCGCUGCCCGCCGGGGCUCGCUACUGCGACUACAGCCGCCAGCCCGCCUGGGGGCACUGCUUUUACCAGCUCUACUCCCGGCUCAGGAAUCACCGCCUGGAUUGCUUCCAGCACUGCCCCAAACCCUGCAGGGAAUCCCUGUACAAGGUCUCAGCUGGCACAGCCAAGUGGCCCUCGGCAAAAUCCCAGGACUGGGUGCGCCAGGCUCUGCGGCACCAGAACGGCUACAACUCCAGCAGCAGCAGGAGGGACAUUGCCAAGGUCACCAUCUUCUACCGGCAGCUGAGCUCGCAGGCCGUGCACGAGGCCCCGCUGCUCUCGGAGAACCUGCUGCUGUCCAGCAUGGGCAGCCAGUGGAGCCUGUGGUUCGGCUCCUCGGUGCUCUCGGUGGCCGAGGUGCUGGAGCUGCUGCUGGACGCGCUGGCGCUGGGCCUGCUGCUCUGCCUGCGGCGCCUGCGGGGCCGGGAGCCCCGGGGAGCCCGGCCUGGCCCUGAGGGACCCCGGAACGGCCCUGAGGGACCCGGGAACGGCCCUGAGGGACCCCCGGGACGGCCCUGAGGGACCCGGGAACGGCCCUGAGGGA